AUUCGCCACACUUCAAAUCUGGUACCCGAUUGAUCUUGAAUACCAACCAAACCGCCACUCAAUCAUCUGAACAAUCCGCUGUCUAAUCGAUGCCCACCGUCGUCCUUCUCUCCGGUACCUUCCGCUCGAUGCGAACUCCACAUCUUUCCUUUCCAAAUGAAACUCGUUGCCGAUCCGGCUUGCCAAUUUGAUCUGAGCACUCCUUUGUCCAGCCAGGAUGACCAUGUUCCAGUGCUUACUCGCUGUCGGAGAAGAGCAGGGUCCCGGCGGCCGCUGCCGCACCGUCGUGGUGGGCGUUAAGCUGGAUGCUCGGAGCAGGGAGCUCCUCACUUGGGCUCUCGUCAAAGUUGCGCAAUCUGGCGAUCGCCUCAUUGCUCUUCACGUUCUCAGCGACAAUGAUAUUGUGGAUCAGGAUGGGAAAUCAUCUCUGUUAUCUUUGGUGAAGGCAUUUGAUGACUCCAUUCUUGCAGUUUAUGAAGGCUUUUGUAACCUCAAACAGGUGGAUCUCAAACUUAAGAUAUGCAGAGGCUCAUCGGUUCGGAAAGUGCUUGUGCGCGAAGCAAAUGUUUACCUAGCAACAGACCUAAUAGUUGGGACAUCACGGAAUCACCAUCGAAUCUGUUCAUCAGCCUCUGUCGCAAAGUACUGUGCUAAAAAACUGCCAAGUGAUUGCUCAGUCUCCGCUGUUAAUAAUGGUAAAGUGGUCUUCCACCGAGAAGCAUCAAGACCAUCUCGAGUUACUACAAGAGAAGCUGAACAUCCGCAAAGGAAUGGCUUGCUUGGUGCAAUCCAUAGGACAUCAAGAAAGAGCACGAAGGUAUUACAUGAUAGAAAUGGUGCUCGCGUGACUUUGGGUGAGGCAUUGCUGAGAUAUGAUGAUGUUCAUGAUGAGGAUGUACCAAAACAAAAUUGCUCAAUUAGUUUGAUUGAUAAUUCUUUGUGUACUGCACAAUCAACCGAUGAACCUUCAAGAGAUAAUAAUGAUGAAAGCACAAUGUCUAUAGUACCUGUGGAGAAGCAAGAUGCUGAUUCAAGUUCUUCUAUCACACUGUUGAUAAAAGAACUGCCUGAAGUUAGUAGACCCGGUUGGCCUCUGCUGCGCCGUGGUGUUAUCUCAAACAGGCAGCCUUUAGACAGCUCCACUGUCCAGAAGAUCUCUGUGGUUCAGUGGGCACUUCGCUUGCCAAGUAGACUUCAUAUGCCUUCUGAAGAAAGUGGUGCCAUCGAUCCUUUUAGCAAUGAGACUGCUGAUCAUGCAUCUUCUUCAGAACAAUCACAUCCCUUGCCUGAAGAAUUAGUUUAUCUUCAUGAGAAAUAUGCAGCAACUUGUAGAUUGUUCAAGUACCAUGAACUUCUGUCUGCAACUUUGGCUUUCUCUCCAGAUAAUGUUAUAGGUAAGGGAGGAAGUAGUAAGGUUUACAGAGGUCUUCUUCCUGAUGGCAAAGAGAUUGCUGUGAAGAUUCUAAAAUCAUCUGAAGAUGCACUGAGAGAGUUUGUUUUGGAGAUUGAGAUCAUAACUGCUUUGCAUCACAAAAAUAUCAUCUCUCUAUUUGGCUUCUGCUUUGAGAGCGGCCACCUCAUCAUGGUUUAUGAUUUCCUAUCAAGAGGAAGCCUUGAAGAUAAUCUUCAUGGUACUUGGAGAAAUCUACAAGCAUUUGCAUGGAAGGAGAGAUAUAAGGUAGCUAUUGGUGUUGCUGAAGCACUGGAGUAUCUUCACAACCGAGAUGAUCGACCUGUGAUUCACCGUGAUGUAAAAUCCUCAAAUAUACUCCUAUCUGAUGAUUUUCAGCCACAGCUUUCUGACUUUGGACUUGCUAAAUGGGCAUCGACGACCUCCUCUCACAUUACAUGCACUGAUGUUGCUGGAACUUUCGGUUACUUGGCUCCAGAGUAUUUCAUGUACGGAAAGGUCAACGACAAGAUUGAUGUCUAUGCAUUCGGUGUAGUACUUCUUGAACUUUUGUCAGGGAGAAAGCCUAUAAGCAGCGACUACCCAAAGGGUCAAGAGAGCCUGGUUAUGUGGGCCAAGCCAAUUCUGGAAUGUGGGAAAUAUGCCGAGUUGCUAGACCCAAGCCUAGGAAGUGAUUGUGAUUGUGAAGAGGUGGAGCGGAUGGUUCUUGCUGCUUCUCUGUGCAUUAGACGUGAUCCCCGAGCUCGGCCUCAAAUGAGACUUAUAGUGAAGCUGCUCAGAGGAGAUGCAGAAACAAGCAAAUGGGCGCAUCAGGGGAACAACGGCUCAGAGCAGGUGGGUUCCCCUGCAAAGCAGCUACCUGCAGGAGUGGAAGUUGCUUCAGAUGCAUUGGAUUAUGAGGAUGCAAGCUCUCAUCUUCAUCAUCAACCUACUCACAUGCGCUCGCACCUCAAUCUUGCAUUGCUUGGGGUUGAAGAUGAUGAUGAGGAGGAUUCUCUCUCGGUCAGCAGCAUCGAUCAACAUCAUCAUAUCUCACUGGAAGACUACCUUAGUGGGCGGUGGAGCUGCUCAUCUAGCCUGCUUGACUGACUGACAGACUGGUAACCCCAUGCAUGUCUUCGAAGAUUCGUACGCUCCUUCCGUGCAUAUAUGUGUCUGUGUGUGUAUACUGCAGUUUUUGUGUGUAUAUUUGCUCUUUUCUUUGGGUUGUAUAUGUGUGCUCAAAUCUUGGU